AUGAAGAGCACUAUUCUGUUGUCUGCCUUUUCUCUGGCCUCUCUUGGCUCUGCUGCGGUGCAUGGAGAGCGUGGUUUCGGACUCCAACGUCACCAGGCUAUCCACAGCAGCAGCAAUAGCAAAACCAGCACCACCACGGUCAAGACCUCAACCAAACCCGCAACAUCCUCAUCUAAGACCUCUUCAAAAGCGACCAGCAGCUCCAUCAAAGUCAGCUCGAAGUCUUCUUCGAAAGCCUCUUCGACCUCCAAGGCUUCAUCCAGCAAAGCAACCAGCAGUUCGAUCAAGCCAGUCUCUAAGAGCUCGUCCUCGAUAAAGAGCUCCACACAGACCGUAUCUACCAAGGCAGCAACUGCAAGCGCAUCGACUAUGAGUCUUGCCUUCAAAGCUGGACUUUCUGGUUUCCCUAGCAUCGAAACUACUGAUGUGUUCAAACAACAAUGGUUGCCAUACAUUUCAUGGUACAGCAACUACGAACCUGUCGCUCCUAACUUCGAAGCAUCAACCCAUACUGUGGUCGGUGCACCCAUGCUCUGGGGCAAGGGCGACCAGUGCCUCACAAACAACCCGGAUGGUCCUGUCGACGAGUGGCGUCUCGGAAACUUCACCGAGUACGUGACAAGCGGCGAGACUCACCCCAAUGUCUUCUUUGGUUUCUACGAGCCAGACUGCGACUGCCCCUCCUCCAGUCACAUCACAAACGUCACUGUUGGUGUCGAGAAGUGGAAUCAGUACAUUAAGCCACUUCGCAACCGUGGCAUCGCACUUGGCUCGCCACCCAUGUGCACUCAACUCGAUCAGACUUGGCUUACCAACUUCGCCGCCCAAGGCGUCACAUGGGAUGUCACCAGCAUCCACGUCAACAAGCCCACUGUCGCCGAAGGCAUCAAAGUAGUCGAGUACUACGUCAGCAAGUUCGGCAAGCCUGUCUGGAUCAGCGAGUUCACUUGUGUCAACGAUCAAAACUGGAGUUCUUGCGGCGACCAAGCUACUGUUAAUUCCUUCAUUGACGGCAUGGUCCAGUACUUCGAGGGCAACGACAAUGUUGUCGCAUACGGUGCGAACAAUGGUGAAGGUGUUCCUGGCGUCUGGAAUUUGAUGACCAAUGAUUGGCCUCCUCAGCUUACUGCCACUGGUCAGCAUUAUCAGUCUGUUCUCAAGAGUCUUGCUAGCGAGAAGUGUUAG